UUUACCUGGUUAGUACUCAAUCCGUGGGGUUAGGAGGUUUCAUUCGCAUUUCAGGUGUUGACGCGAUAAAAUCAAGGCAAUUAAUAUGAGAGUUUAUUUUAGAUACAUUCUCUUCGUAGUACUCUCCUUAUCGCCCACUUUAGUACGAUGUCAAGGUCACGUCUUGGAUAAACCCGUAACGGAGUUGUGUUUGAAUUGUAUUUGUGAGGCCAUUAGUGGCUGCAAUGCUACGGCUAUUUGCACCAGUCCGGAAAAGGGCACCUGCGGCAUUUUCCGCAUAACGAAUGCCUAUUGGGUGGAUGCCGGGAAACUCACAAUAAAUGGGGAAAAUCCCGAUUCUGAGAAGGCCUUCAUCAAUUGUGCCAACGAUCCUCACUGUGCUGCUAAUUUGGUGCAGAAUUAUAUGAAAAAGUUUAAUCAGGAUUGCAAUGACGACGGAGAGAUGGACUGUCACGAUUACGCCAGGAUACACAAACUGGGAGCUUAUGGCUGCCACGCGGACUUGCCCUAUAAAUAUCAGAGCACCUUCGAGGAGUGUAUUGAAAAAUACGAAGAAGAGGGUAACGAGUGAAACGAUUAGAUUAAAAAAAGAUUAAAUGUUAUUUAGUUAAUAAAUAAAUGUCGGGAAUCACCGCCAGGAAAAAA